UGCCCCCCAAAGAUUUCUUCCCUGGUUGGGAGCGAAGGAGGGACACAGUUUUUAAGUCCUGCUUUUAGAUCAUUCAUAACUUAAUAAGACGGAUCCAGACCAAAAUUAAAGAUCUUCUGCAGCAAAUGGAAGAAGGGCUGAAGACAGCUGAUCCCCAUGACUGCUCUGCUUAUACUGGCUGGACAGGCAUAGCCCUUUUGUACCUGCAGUUGUACCGGGUCACAUGUGACCAAACCUACCUGCUCCGAUCCCUGGAUUACGUAAAAAGAACACUUCGGAAUCUGAAUGGCCGGAGGGUCACCUUCCUCUGUGGGGAUGCCGGGCCUCUGGCUGUUGGAGCUGUGAUUUACCACAAACUCAGAAGUGACUGUGAAUCCCAGGAAUGCAUCACAAAACUUUUGCAACUCCAGAGAGCGGUUGUCUGCCAAGAAUCAGACCUUCCUGAUGAGCUGCUUUAUGGACGGGCAGGUUAUCUGUAUGCUUUACUGUACCUGAACACGGAGAUAGGUCCAGGCACCGUGUGUGAGUCAGCUAUUAAAGAGGUAGUCAAUGCUAUUAUUGAGUCGGGUAAGACUUUGUCAAGGGAAGAAAGAAAAACGGAGCGCUGCCCACUGCUGUACCAGUGGCACCGGAAGCAGUACGUUGGAGCAGCCCAUGGCAUGGCUGGAAUCUACUACAUGUUAAUGCAGCCAGCAGCAAAAGUGGACCAAGAAACUUUGACAGAAAUGGUGAAACCCAGUAUUGAUUAUGUGCGCCACAAAAAAUUCCGAUCUGGGAAUUACCCAUCAUCGUUAAGCAAUGAAACAGACCGGCUGGUGCACUGGUGCCACGGUGCCCCGGGGGUCAUCCACAUGCUUAUGCAGGCGUACAAGGUCUUUAAGGAGGAGAAGUACUUGAAAGAGGCCAUGGAGUGUAGCGAUGUGAUUUGGCAGCGAGGUUUGCUGCGGAAGGGCUACGGGAUCUGCCAUGGGACUGCUGGCAACGGCUACUCCUUCCUGUCCCUUUACCGUCUCACGCAGGAUAAGAAGUACCUCUACCGAGCUUGCAAGUUUGCAGAGUGGUGUCUAGAUUACGGAGCACACGGGUGCCGCAUUCCUGACAGACCCUAUUCACUCUUUGAAGGCAUGGCUGGCGCUAUUCACUUUCUCUCCGAUGUCCUGGGACCAGAGACAUCACGGUUUCCAGCAUUUGAACUUGACUCUUCGAAGAGGGAUUAAAAGGUGCAAAAAGACAACUAAAAUACCUGUUUGGAACAAAAGCCACCAGAUUGCUUAGUACCUGACACAGAAACAACUGGGAAUCCUGAAAGAGAAGCAGACCCUGUCACAGGCCCCUCUGUUAGAGCAUGAGUGAUCGAAGCCAUCCAUCAACAUUAACGGCACCCUCAUCAGUAUAAAAUAUGACUUCUUCACAUACAGAUUCUCUGUAGUGUUUGCAUGUUUCUUGGUGUUUGUUGUAUCCAGGUGUAAGUUGUUUUAAAUGGAAGGCCCUUCUAUUCCUGGGGGCUCAGAGCUGACCACGCAUGAAUGUAUGGCAGUGUCCACUUUUCUGUAUAAAAUGUAUAAAGUGGGGUUUCUUCCAUAUUGACAAACAAGGGAACAGGUGAUGUCUAUCUGGUAUAUCAGAAAGAUUAUCUAGGGUCUAUCCUAGUGAUAAUACAUUGUCAGCCUUUCCUGUGGCACCUUCCAGAUGAGUAUGAGGGAACCACCACUCCAAGGACGGACAGGAGCAGCAGUUCCGCAGGGGCGUGCUGGGGUGGUUUGGGAGGGCACAGCUGAAUGCUUCCUGUUUGGAUUUUGCACUCACCUUCGUGUUUCAAAGAAGCCUCAGGGUGCUUUGCGGCUCUGUCAGGGCCCCAUUCCCAGCAGAGGCUUUCGGUGCUUUGUGUAGGGUCCAGGGCAGCUGGAGCUUUGAGGGUGAGACUUCUGGACCCAAAGGGAGCUUUCCCAAGAAGCCUUUGGUGGCCACACUGUAGGCAGCAGUGACUAAGCACUGGCAGUUCCAGAACAUUUACCCAGGUGUAUGUUACUAAAACAGGCUCCACCUCAGUUUAUCAGCGUUAUAAGUUACUGUUCUAAGAAGAGUAAAUACAGUUCCAGAUGGGUUAUUACAGAUGAACAGAAAGUCACUCAGCUGGACUCAUGUCCCUGCAAUUAAACUUAUUUCAACCUUUUGGAAAGUUAUCUAAGUCUGAAUUUGGAAUGAAUGCAUUUCAUAUUUUUUGUCUACUUUUGGGUGAUAAGUACUAGCCCUCAUUUAUAGAUAUGAGAAACAUAAUGUUCUAACCAACAUCAUUAUGGUAUUUGUGUGACUUUUAGUUAAAAAAAUGUGAGCAGUAAUUUGGGUUAGCCUACCUUCAUUCAUUCUGUCACAUAGAUUUCAGUUUUUAGAAGGGUUUCUGUCAUCCUGGAACAGGUGGUCUGGGACUAAGGACUUCUCAUCUUGUGAGCUAAGGUUUGUGUCAUGAAAGACAAGUGGACUCUCUUAACAGCCCAGUCCUCGUCUGCAGGGGGCAGCCUGAGCAUGUCCCAGCCCCAGCGUCCACACCUCUCAGAAAGGAGAAAAAAGAAUGUCAGCUUAGGAGAAAAGCCUCCUUUUUACUUGUGUGAUUAUGUGUGGAGCUGGCACCCUAAAUGUGUGACAUCCAGCUUCUAAACGAUGCCUGGAGAGUCUCUUUGCUGCAGACACCCUUGCUCCUGAGUCAUGAUUAUUUUCUUUCCUGUUAGAUUGACGACUUCUGUGAAUAGAACUCAUCCUGAUCCUAUGUUACCUGACCUCCUGGACCCGCUGAUGGGCUUUGCAGGCAGUCCAGCAGCCCAACCUGCAGGCAGGAUGCUGUCAUCCACGAGCUGAGGGCAGCUGCUUUGCAGAAGACCUCACACGAUGUCCAAUCACAUCCAAAUAACAUUGUUCCCAUCCUCCCCACCCACCUCAUCAAAACAUAACACAUCACAGCACUCGGUAGAAGUCCUGCCUCCCCGUUUCCCAAGGAAAGCAAGUAGGCAACACAGCCAGCACGGUGCUCUCCAGGGCGGCCCCUCUCAGAGGAGGAGGCAGCUGGUGCAGCCAGGCGUCUGCAGAGCAGCCACAAAGGUGGCCUAGGAUCCAGGUGUCUCCCCAGGUGAGUCCAUCCACACACAUGUUUGAAAAAUACUAUUAGUCUUUCUAACACACUGAGGGAAAGAUUUUUAAAAAUCUGUGGAAUAAAGGAGGAGAUUUUAUUUCCAGGUUUUUUAAAAAAGCCACCUGGGUUGACACCUUCCUACUUACCCACUAGAUGUCAACAGAGGUGCUGUUCUGUGACUCUGCAUUAACCCCUGCCUCAUGUCUGUCACAUGUGCUGCUGUGUGACAGUAAUUCCAGCUCAGUCCCUGCAGGCAAAGGAGAAACGGGACUUACUUCACAGGACAGAGGAUUGACAGAAGUCAGUUGAAGGGAAGUGUUUGAAUCAGACUUUAGUACAUCUCAUUCACUUCUUGGAUUUGUGUUCACAAUUGUGUUCUCUAAAAUGUGUCUAAAUUUUAAAAAUAUGUACAUGCAUAAUGUCAUUUUAAAAUAUGAAGGAAGGAAUUUGAUGUCCACAAAAAGUGUUUGAGGUUCUUUGGUUUUGUUAGUAAAAGCCAGUUCUGUGGUGUUGACCUA